UUCAUCACUACUCUCGCCGUCGUCUACUUCCUGUCUGACCAUACAUUCUGAACAACAUUGAAGGGCAUGCAUGUCCAGGUUAAUUGAUAGCGGCUUGCUCCGUCCUUUCAAUUGGUACAGGCUUCCUUCCCAAUAGGAAACAGUACACAGUGCUUGCUCACCAAAUUGGUUCUCUCCAUCCUCCUGAAUCGACUUCUCCUCACUUAGCAUUCACAUUUACCUCAGAGGGUCACGAGAAGCUCCAAAGACGUCACAGUCAACAGCAACAGCCAAUUCACCCGUAUGUUACUGGUCAUCGGUUACCGGUUGAAUCAGAAAAAAAACACAGCCGGAUGUUGCUUUGUUUUUGAACCAGGCUAUCUCUCCAAGGCUGUCCUCGUCAUGAGCAACUACAACCCCCUCAUCUCCAAUGGCACAUGCUAUUUCUCGGCCGACAAGAAGUCAGACCAGAGCUUCAUUCCAUGCGGUAAUGAUGCUCUGGGAAGGAUAACCUGCUGUGGCGUGGGUGACAAUUGUCUUGGAAAUCGAGCCUGCUUCAAUGGCGCCUUCGGCUUGACCUACCUCGCUGGCUGCACCGACCCUGAGUACAAGCACGAAAGCUGUCCAGACAAGGGUGACCUUGAUGAGUCGCCAUGGACAGGUCUUGUGUACUGCAAUGGCACUUCAAAUCAGUGGAUGGCAUGUGAGCAGAAUAACAAGCCCUCUGCUCUCAGGAAAGGCGAUUUUUGCUUCUGCCCUCGCGAAACUGAAUCUCGGAGGGUUGUAUUCUCUGCACCGUCCACCCUCGUCAACAUCGCCUCCCUGCCCCCAAAGAUCAGCAGCUCUAUCCGGUUUGAGAAUGGCUUCGUCCCGACCCAGCCACCAGGCCAGACCACAGUGACACUUCUCCCACCCACCGGCACCGGCACCGCCAACAACAGCCCACAAGAGACGAACCCCGCCGAUAGUCAAGGCGAGCCUCCAAGUGACGAUGGUGGUGGCGGAGGCCUUUCUACGGGUGCAAAGGCUGGUAUCGGUGCUGGCGUCGCUGCAGUAGCCCUCAUGGCACUGGCUGCUGUCGUCUUGAUAUUCAUGCGCCGUCGGAAGCAGCAGACCGCGGGGACAUCCAACGAGAAACACGGCGAGAAUGGCACAUUCGCAUCGUCUGCAACGCAUCACAACGGCGACGAUGAUGACCACUUCGCGUCUGGCUUCGGCGCUAAGACCGUCGGGCCCAACAACCACCUCUCAGUUGCGAGCAGUAGCCACGGCACCCCUAGCAUGAUGACGGGCGUCGCCACCCCUAAUACCCCGGCACUAUCGGAGCUAGACUCACACGCCGCGCGGCCCUGGAGCAUGAGGAGCGAGCUUCCGGGAAGCGACAACGUUGCUGGUGGCUGGGAGUCGCAGCAGAAACACGCGACUAACACCCAGCCCGUCACGCCUGUGACCCCCGAGCACCCGCAGCCGGCAGCGUCUCACUACCCUGGCUUUCGACCCUACCGACCUCCGGGAGAUCCCCAUGCAGCGAACUUACCCGUAUCCCCUGUUCCAGGUUCACUGGUUCCUGGCGGGGGAGUGAACAUGUACCAGCAGCAAGGAGCAAACACACAACACCAAUCAUCCAGGCCUGGGGCGCUGAGCCCGGUGCACGAGCUGCCUUGAUUUGACUCGUUUUAUUUGUUCAUGGACUGCCAGGAGUGUCCCCAAGGAGGAAUAAUUAGCAUGGGGAGGAUGUGGCCUGAAAAAAUAUAUACAAUCGGCGUUUUCUUGGCUGGGCGUGCAAGUCGGGACAGUAAAUGCGUCCCUUGUUUUGUUUUCAUAAAUACCCACACUUGCGUUCCGCUUCUAGCAUAUUGGGGCUUGACGCACUUGCGAAUACCCUUUUUUUUUUUCUUUUUCUCCAAGUCAUUGUUUUCCUUUGUGUUUAUUUUGGUGACAGGUUGGUGCGGUAAUCGAAUGAUCGGAACUUGAUUCAUUUCAUUUGAAACCCUGCCCCUGGUCUGCUGUAACUCAUCACAUUGAUGCAAACCCUUGAGCCCAGCAUUUGUCACAUUUCCCUCCGGCUCCCCCACCCAAAGAUGAUCAAUGAAUGGCCUUAUGUGAUCACACAACAACAAAUUAAAAAUACCAGACGUAUUUGUACUGGUGGCGCUUCUCGCGCGGCACUCAUGUCAAUCGAGUCGAG